AUGCUGCUUCCGGGAAAGAUCCACCACGUGCUCAGCCCGGGGAACCUCUGCAUCAAGGAGGUGCAGGAGUACCUGCGGGGCAUCUGCCCGGACGUGCAUGUGACGCGCGGCGAGUACGACGACGAUGCACAGUUCCCCGACACCAAGGUCGUCGUCGUCGGGGGGUUCCGCAUCGGCCUCUGCCACGGCCACCAGGUGAUCCCAUGGGGCGACGUUGAAUCCCUGGCCAUGCUGCAGCGGCAGAUGGGAGUGGACAUUCUAAUCACGGGGCACACGCACCGCUUCAAGGCUUACCGCCACCAGGGCCGCCUGCUUAUCAACCCUGGCACGGCGCUGCACCCGAGCUUUGUUCUAAUGGACGUGGAUGGGGCGCGCGUGGUGGUGUAUAUAUACGAGCUGGUGGGCGGCGAUGUGAAGGUGGAUAAGAUCGAGUUCAAGAAGCCCGUUGCUGGCGCGCAGUGA